AAUGUGUCAAUAAUUUAUUUAGAAGCGAGAGAAAUAAUGCGAGCUAUUUAUUCCUUUCAUAAUGAAAGAAAACAGAGAAGCAGAAAAAUCUUUGUAAGACGGAUGGAGUAUAUCAUUUGAACAUAAAAAGCCACUCUCACUCACUUGAGCAGUUCUCAAGCUAACCAUCUGAAUAGAGCAGAGGACAAUGGCUUCUUCUUUACAUUCUUUACUUGGGGCAUUUUCUUGUAUCUGUGGAGGAGAACUCCAUUGGGGCUCAUUGUGCAUCCAUAGAGCUUUGGUUGAUGCCUUGACUAUAUUCUUAGCAUUUGUGUACUUUCUGGCCUUGCUUGGAUGUCCUACAAUGAGGAUUAACAUUAGAGAAUCCAGAAGGUCUGCUUUCCAUUUUGUGGUAUCCCUUUGCUGUGCCCUUAUGAGCGUAGCGUAUCUCGGUGCCACUCUUUGCAAACUUAUCACUGAAAAUCAUGAUUUUCAUUCUCUAAGUUGGUUGCCAUACUUCAUAAAAGGAGUGAUUUGGAUUGCCUUUACCUUCUCCUUGCUUGUUCAAGGAUCCAAAGUAGUCAAAUUUUUCGUAUCUAGUUGGUGGGUUGUUUCCUUUCUGUUGAUUUCCUCUCUGAACAUUGAAGUUUUGGUCAAAACCCAUACCAUCCAUAUUAUGGAUGUGAUCACUUGGAUCCUUACCUCAUUGCUUCUCUUUUCCGCUCUGACCAACUUCCGUCUUCUCAUUCUUUCUAAACAUGUUUCUGUGAAGACUUUGUCUGAACCUCUGUUAGUUGUUGAGCAAUCUGAUGGUGAGAGCCAUGCUAGUUUCUUUAGCAAAUUGUCAUUUUCUUGGAUGAACCACAUGGUCCGGUUAGGCAAGUCAAAAACACUACUUCUUGAAGACAUUCCCUGUUUAGCAUCAGAAGAUGAAGCAAAGUUGAACUAUGAUAAACUGUGUCAUGAGUGGGAGAAUAGCUCCAAAGGUUCAUUAAACUUGGUUCUAAAAGCUAUAUCAAGAAGGUACUGGAAAGAAUUGAUGCUUGGGGGAGUCUAUGCACUUCUCAGGACGACUGCUGUUCUGAUUUCUCCACUCCUGCUCUAUGCAUUCGUGUCAUAUUCAAAUCUUGAGAGUAAAGAGCUCUCCAAAGCUCUUCUGCUAGUUGGGUGCUUGAUUCUUGACAAGGUUCUUGACGCACUGUCCAGCCGGCAUUUCUAUUUCUACUCCAAGAGGGUAGGAAUGAGAAUCAGAUCAGCUCUAAUAGCGGCGGUUUUUCAGAAACAGCUCAAGCUUUCAAACCGAGGCAAGCAAAGGCAUUCAACAGGAGAGAUUGUGAAUUAUAUUGCAAUUGACGCAUAUCGGAUGGGGGAAUCUGUAAUGUGGUUUCACAUUGGUUGGACUUCCGUUCUGCAAAUCUUUCUGUCUGUUGCAGUGCUCUUUUGGGUGGUUGGUCUUGGUGCCGUUCUCGGUUUAGCCCCUCUUGCUAUCUUUGGAGCUCUUAAUGCGCCAUUCGCAAAGAUAAUCCAAAAGUGCCAGUCUGAAUUCAUGAUUGCCCAAGACAAGAGACUAAGGUGCAUUUCUGAGAUCUUGAACAGUAUGAAGAUUAUCAAGCUUCAAUCGUGGGAAGAAAACUUCAAGAAUGCAGUCAAAUCCUAUAGGGAUAUUGAAUUAAAAUGGUUAACAAAAGCUCAAUUGUGCAAGACAGUGAGUACCUUUUUGUAUUGGGCAUCUCCCACAAUCAUCUCAUCUGUUGUAUUCUUAGGGUGUGUCAUCUUCAACAGUGCUGCAUUUGAUGCUGCCACAGUGUUCACUGUCUUGGCAGUAUUAAGGGUCAUGUCAGAACCCGUUAGGCUGUUACCAGAAGCUCUUUCUAUCAUAAUUCAGUCUAAAGUUUCCCUUGAUAGGAUAAAUUCUUUCCUGUUAGAAGAUGAGAUUAAAAGAGUGGAUGUUACCCGAUCUCCGGUUGGACGUUCAGAGAAUAGUGUAAGUGUAGUGAAUGGCUGCUUCAGCUGGGAAUCAGAGCCUUUACUUAGAAACAUAAAUGUUCAAGUGAGAAGGAGUCAGAAAAUUGCAGUCUGUGGAGCUGUUGGAGCAGGAAAGUCAUCACUUCUCUAUGCUAUACUUGGAGAAAUACCUAAAGUUUCAGGAACUGUGAACGUGUUUGGCUUAAUUGCUUAUGUGUCACAAGCUUGCUGGAUCCAGAGCGGGACGGUUCGUGAUAACAUACUGUUUGGGAAGCCAAUGGACAAAGGCAGAUAUGAAGAGGCGAUAAGAGUGUGUGCUCUAGACAAAGACAUCGACAGCUUCAGCUAUGGUGACUUGACAGAGAUAGGGCAGAGAGGACUGAAUAUGAGUGGGGGACAGAAACAGAGAAUUCAGUUGGCUCGAGCCGUUUACAGUGAUGCAGACAUUUAUCUUCUAGAUGACCCUUUCAGUGCUGUUGAUGCACAUACUGCUUCAUUUCUUUUCCAUGAAUGUGUUAUCAAUGCAUUGAAGACGAAAACUGUCAUUCUUGUCACCCACCAAGUAGAAUUUCUCUCUGCCGUUGAUCACAUUCUGGUACUGGAAGAAGGAGAAAUUAGUCAAUCAGGAUGCUAUAAUGAGCUGCUGAUGAGCGGGAUGUCCUUUGAACAGCUCGUGAAUGCUCAUGAAAGUGCAGUAAAUGCGUUUGAUCCGCUGGUGAACAAGAUUGAUGAUAGAACUCAGAAAGAGCAUACAACUGGUGGGGGGCGUGAAGAGGUUAAAAUGGACUACUUAGUAAAUGAAGAAAAUUGUCAGAUUUCGUUGAAGGAAGGGGCUCCUCAGCUAACAGAAAAUGAGGAGAGGGAUCCGAAUGAAUCUGUGUGGAAGAUAUUCAUGGAUUACAUUUUGAUUUCCAAAGGAUCCCUCUACAUGAUACUAAACAUUGUAGGUCAAAUUAGUUUCGUGGUUUUGCAGGCUGCAGCAAGCUAUUGGCUAGCAGUUUCCAUUCAAAGUCCCAAAAUCAGUCGUUUUAUGAUCAUUGGAGUUUUUACUUUGCUUUCUCAGCUAAGUACACUCUUUGUGUAUCUCAGAUCCCUAUUUGCAGUCCUCCUUGGAGUCAAUGCUUCAAAAGCCUUUUUCUCUGGUUUUUUAGACUCUGUUUUCAAGGCUCCCAUGCUUUUCUUCGACUCUACACCAGUUGGACGGAUAUUAACUCGUGCUUCUUCAGACCUGAGUGUAUUGGACUUUGACAUCCCUUUCGCAUAUGUUUAUGCAUCGUCUGCUGGGAUAGAAUUGGUUGCAAUAAUUAUUAUUAUGGCCUCCAUCACAUGGCAGGUUCUCAUUGUAGGCAUCAUAGCUAUUGUUGCCGCCAAAUAUGUCCAGGAAUACUAUCAACCCACAGCAAGGGAACUGAUGCGGAUCAAUGGGACAACAAAGGCUCCACUAAUGAGUUAUGCAACCGAGACAUCACUUGGUGUUGCCACAAUAAGGGCAUUUGAUAUGGCAGACAUGUUUUUCCUCAACUAUUUGAAACUAGUUGAUGCAGAUGCAAAAGUCUUUUUCAGCUCAAAUGGAGCUAUGGAGUGGCUGGUUUUGAGAUCGGAAACACUCCAAAAUCUCACCCUUUUCGUAGCUGCUUUCCUCCUAAUUGCAGUUCCAUCGCGUUUUCUCCCUUCAGGUCUCGUGGGCCUCUCUUUUUCGUAUGCCUUAACACUAACAAGCAAUCAAGUCUCUUUAAGCCGGUGGUAUAGCAGCUUAGCUAACUAUGUUAUCUCAGCUGAAAGGAUAAAACAAUUUAUGCAUUUAACUCCGGAGCCACCAGCUGUGGUGGAAAAUAACAGGCCAAACUCUUCUUGGCCUUCCAAGGGUAGAAUAGAAUUCCUAGACUUGAAGAUAAGAUACCGUGUAAAUGCUCCAUUAGUCCUCAAAGGAAUAACAUGCACCGUCAAUGAAGGGACAAGAGUAGGAGUUGUGGGGAGGACAGGAAGCGGGAAAACGACGCUCAUCAGUGCAUUGUUUCGCCUAGUGGAGCCUUGCAGUGGGAAAAUCAUUGUAGAUGGUCUUGAUAUCUGCUCCAUAGGCCUCAAAGAUUUGAGGCUAAAACUCAGCAUCAUCCCACAAGAGCCUACUCUUUUCCGAGGGAGUGUUCGAACAAAUUUGGACCCUUUAGGCCUCUACUCUGAUGAUGAAAUUUGGAAGGCUCUAGAGAAAUGCCAGCUCAAGGAUACCAUUAGCAGACUUCCACACCAGCUAGAUUCCUCAGUGAGUGAUGAGGGCGACAACUGGAGCAUGGGGCAACGCCAACUGUUCUGCCUCGGAAGAGUACUUCUGAAGAGGAACAGAAUCUUAGUUCUGGACGAGGCAACAGCUUCCAUAGACUCCGCUACAGAUUCCACUCUGCAGAAAAUCAUCAGAGAAGAAUUUUGCAAUUGCACAGUCAUCACUGUUGCUCAUCGUGUUCCCACUGUCAUAGACAGCGAUAUGGUCCUCCUCCUCUCUUUUGGGAAACUCGUUGAAUAUGAUGAGCCUUCAAAGCUGAUGGGAAUUAAUUCUUCAUUCUCGAAACUGGUUGCUGAAUAUUGGUCCAGCUGCAGAAGGAAUUCCCAGGAGGAGCUCAACCACUUGGGUACCAUUUAAGAUGGCAGAUUAUAAUAAUAUACCAAAAGACCAAAGAAAAAAUAAAACAUCUUGAUUUACUUUGGGGUACCAAUGAAAUCACUAUGCACUUAGUCUGCCUUGUAUGCAGCAGAAUUCCAUAAACCACUAUCGGGUUUUAUUGUCAUAAAUUAUCAGAAAUAAAUAAAUUCGGGAACAACUGUUUACCACUGGAAAAAAAACGAUUGAGUUUCUUUCUCGCGCAAUCCAUACCCAUUUUCAGGUGAAGGAACUGCAUCGACUAGGGGAGAUCGAGUCUUGCGUAGUUGAGGAAUGAACAAAUUAUAAUUUGAACCAGAUUCGAAAAUUAGGCCAAUGAACUGCCGCAACUAUCAGAGUUAGAGGAGCAGUAAAGGAAGCUCCAAGGUCGUACAAACGCUGAACCAGUUUCUUCUCUAAUUCUGAUGCUCAAAUUUUCAAUCCAUGAUGUUCACCUUUCAUCGUAUUCUAUGGAGUGAAGCCGGAUGAAAAGAUCAAGUUUGUGUGUGGCAUUCAAAAGGCUCAACAUGUUAUAUUUGCUAAUUGGGUGUGUGUUUCCUUAGCAUCCUCACAUUUUGGAGUUGCUAUUGGAGUGGAAGCAUCCGGACGAUUGGAGUGGACGACCAUACUACAUCUAUUUUCAAUCUUCUUCUCCGUCCAGGUUAGGGACUGAAUUUUUCAGUUUCAAUUGCUCUUCUGUCCUAGCAAAUUGUCAAGAUUUAAAUAUUAAUUUUAUCCAAGAAUGGAUGCUGAGCUAUGCAUAUUUGCAAAUUUCUUUGCUAAUUUUUUCUCCAAUGGAAACACAUUCAUGACUCAUCAAGAGUACAGAGUUCUUCGCUAGCCUCGACUCACUCAGGUCAGUUUUAUUAUUUUUAAUUAAUUUUUUUUACAUUAUGAUUUCGUUUCUCUUUGUUGUUGUCCUCAUGAAUCCCUUGGUGCUAUCUGUGUCUUGAUUAUCCAGAAUAUAAUAAUAAAGUAAUCUAACUAAAAAGUUUUUGAGCAAAUCCAUCCAAUGAGAAUCUGCAGACUCUAGCGGCUGUGAUCCGAUUUGUGAUACGAAAUUCAAGACCGGCGGGAGAAAUCCGAUGCAGAAACGGGUUUAGGGUUUGAUAAGGUAGGAUUGAAAGUGCAAUCAAGGAAAGUGGUCAUAAUCGUAAAGCAAUCAAAAAAAGGAAAUUUCACAAAUGGGAAGUCAGUAAUCAAAUGGUAUUUAACUAUACAUUGAACCAUGAAAUUCUAUAAUUUAUAUAACUAGAUUUGAUCAGUUGAACAUUUUAGAGGUUUCAUGUUCAACGAGAAUUACACCAAUAUCUGUUUUCUUCGUCCUUUAUCAAUUCAAACUUGGGCAGCAAUGGAUUGAUCCACAAAGCAGGACAGGGGACCAAGCUGGAUUUUUCCACUCCCACCAGGGUGAUUAUCGAAGCUUACGUCGGUUGGAAAAAUAUAUUUCCCUGGCAUCCCUGCAAAAUUAUUUAGGCAUUCCUGGAUUGUUUUGCCGAGUAGGCCAAAAGUUAUAAGGGGCUGGUGACAUCUAAGUUGUGUUAUUUUUCUCGGAUAUUCCACAAAAAUAAGUGUCCAAAUUAAACCAUGAUGGAGGGAGUGUAUCCGAUAUAUGCUUAUAAAUAAUUGAUUAAAAAACCCAAAAAUGGUGAGCCUAUAAUAGCAAUGUCUCAUUUUUCUAUCUCUAAUUCUAUUAUUUGUUUGAUGCCAAAACUAUGUAAAAGGUCUGAUGAAUUAUUGUAUUUGCCUUAUAGACAUUUUGUGUUUUCUCUCCAACCUGUAUUUUGAAUAUGAGCUUUUGGUAUACAUGCAGGUUCUCUUAAAGAAAAUAGACAUAAUAAAUUUGAAAUCUCUAU